CAAUUUAAAUAAUGGAAAAACAUACCGAUGACGUUGUUUACAUGCGUCUGUGGCUAUAAUAAAUUACUUAACAUUGCUCUAUUUCUGUUCUCUAAUCUUUACCUCCAAUUGUUUACUUAUCUCUCUGGUUUUGCCAACAUUUAAGAUAAGAUAAAAUCUAUUGAUGCCAAUAUUUAAUUUGUGAUCUAUACUGUACAAUUUAUUACAGUGCAAAAAGUUUUUUUAAGCAAAAUGGAUGUCGAAGAAAUUCGGCAAUUGGCUCGGGAUGCCGAGAAUGCAUUUCUGAAAGCAAUGCAUCUGAAUAAAUCAAAAGAAGACGACGAAGAUUCAAUUUCAUCUGUGCUUGACGAAUUGGAGAAACUGGAAUACUUGGAGACUCACUUUGACUGCUUUGAAGAUAAUUCAGAAGAGUCUGAAACACCGGAAGUAAAUAAUAAUAAUGUCCCUAGUAAAGAAGAAGAAAAUCAAAGGAUACAAAUAGAAGAAUACACGAAUGAGACAUCGUCACGUGGAUCGAUUUUAGAAUAUACAGUUGAAGAACCUGACACAACUGAUGAAUCCGAACAAAGUAGUCCAUCAUUAAGAGGAUCCAUAUUAGAAUAUAUUGUUGAUUCAUCGGAUACUACUGAUGAGUCUGAGCAUAGUGGGAGAUCUUUACGAGGUUCUAUGUUAGAAUAUAUCGUUGAAGAACAAGAACAUAAUGAACGAAGUGAUAUGGAGACUAGUAAGGUACCAAGACUAUCUAUUCAAGAGAUAGUUGCCGAAGCAAAUUCACAAGGGAAAAGUUCUACGGAAAAUAAUCAAUUAAAUUUUAUUGUGGAGGAACUCAUCUCAACAGAAAUCGAGUACCUCAGAAGUUUAUACUUUUUACAACGGAAUUUCCUAAAACCGAUUAGAUGCUUUUUAAAAAUGCAAGGAGAUGAUUACAAGACUGCCGAGAAAAUGUAUAAUUAUGCAAAAAUCCUCAAUCGACUAGGAUCACACUUUCUAGAUGACUUAGUACAAGUACCAGUGCAUCAAAUGGGGGAUGUUUUUCUAAAGCAUAAAACUUUAUUUAAUAUGUAUUCUAAAAUGAGUGGAAUUUGGAAUAUCUAUAUGAAAUCGAUCCGAGAUCCAUCACCUGCUGAAUAUGUCAAGAAAUUAGAGUUGGACCUGAAUGAAGCCAUGGGUUUCAGUAGAUACAUGUUGAAACCAAUGCAACGAUUGGCCAAAUACGAGUUACUCUUGAAUCAAAUACUCAAGCAUAUGUCCAACGAGGAUGAAAUAUCCGGAAUUGAAGAAGCUGUCCAGUUUAUGAAAGAUGUCCUGCUUAGAUGCAAUACAAUUGUGGCUUUGGAAAGUAUUGAAUAUCAAAAAUAUACUGUAGAAGAAACAGGAAAUUAUAUUAUGAAAUUUGAUCUUAACUGGCGUGUAAAACGAAGGAAGAAAAAGCUGGUUUUACCAACCGAAUUAUUCCUCUUUGAGAAGGUUGUAAUUAUUGCUGUUUCAGUCGAAGGAUGUUUACAAUAUAGAGAUUCCAUGUCAUUAUCGACGUUAACUCGUGUGGAUAUGCCCGACACAUUGAAAUUCACAUUAGAGGAGCUAGGAAGCACUGCAAAACAACCUCACAUAAUAAAAUUUGAAGCCGCAAAUGCUCAAAUCAAACAAAAAUGUAUUGAUUCCAUUGAUGAACUGCUUUGGGCCCAGCUUUUAUCUUUGAAACAACAACAACUUGCCUUGUUGCAAGAGAACUAACAUAACAAUAAAAUUAGGACAAUAGACAAACAA